GUAAACAGUAAUCACGUUACAACCCGGAAGAGGUGCCUUUCUCUGAUUAACGUUUGAAUAGACAAGAAUGAGCAAUUUAUCUUGAGCAGAAACGAUUAAACGCGAUGCUGCUAACAUCGUACAGCCUUUGAUAAUCAUAUCCGUGUCUUAAUCUUCGGCGCUGGAGAGACAAAGGCGGUCGAGCGCGAGCAGCAACGCCCUGAUGCCAGCCGCCCCGUCGGAGAAAAAUACCCUCUCCGCUCUGUUUACAAAUCGGCUGGGCGAAAGUGUUUCCCCGCAGUGUGUCGUUAGCUAAUCGUGUGUGCUUUUCAGACGAAUAGAAAAACAUGGCUGAACUGCAUGUCGUGGAGUCGAGCGGCACUGGCACCAUAGAGCAGCCCGAGCAGCACCGCGAUGUCCGGGGCUCGGUGCGCCUGGCGUCGCCCACUCUCAUGGUUCCUCCGCGGAGCAGCCAGCUCAGCCCCGGCGGGGUGUCGAGCGGCAGCGGCGGACGCUCUGUGUUUGGGUUCCCGGGGAAGAGCAACCCGAGCUCCCCGUCCGAACCGGCGGACAAGCCGGGCUCGCGCUGGGUUCGCCUGAACGUCGGCGGGACCUACUUCGUCACGACCAAACAGACGCUGUGUCGGGACCCCAAAUCCUUCCUGUCCCGACUGUGUCAAGAAGACCCCGACCUGGACUCCGACAAAGAUGAGACUGGAGCCUACCUGAUCGACAGGGACCCCACAUACUUCGGCCCCAUCCUGAACUACCUUCGCCACGGAAAACUGAUCAUGGAUAAAAACCUGGCUGAGGACGGCGUUCUUGAGGAAGCCGAGUUCUACAACAUCGCAUCACUGGUGAGGCUGGUGAAAGAGAGGAUACGGGACAACGAGAACCGAACAUCCCAGGGCCCUGUGAAGCAUGUGUACCGAGUACUACAGUGCCAAGAGGAGGAACUCACACAGAUGGUCUCUACCAUGUCAGACGGCUGGAAGUUUGAGCAGCUCAUAAGCAUCGGCUCCUCUUAUAACUACGGCAACGAGGACCAGGCAGAGUUUCUAUGUGUAGUUUCCCGGGAACUGAACAACUCCACCAACGGCAUCGUCAUCGAGCCCACCGAGAAGGCCAAGAUCCUCCAGGAGCGAGGCUCGCGGAUGUGAGGAGACGAGGCGCUGAGCUAAAUAACACUUUACCAAC